AUAAAAUUAUAUGGAACAUAGAGGAAUAAUAAUUAUGAGUAUUAUGACAGACUGUAAAUAAAGUUAAUUUUUAAGGUUUUCUCAUUUCUAUAAAAGCAGUACGAGAUAACAACAAGUUUCGAAAAAAGCAGCGAUAUUAUGAUGGACUUUUCAUCAAAUAUCACAACAGUGAAUGUGUACAAAUAUAGAUGGAUCAUACUUUUAAUAUUUUGCUUCUAUUCUUCCAUAAAUUUUGUGCAGUAUCUGCAAUAUUCAAUCAUUUCCAACAUCACAAUCAAAUAUUACGAUGUAGAAUACAUUUUUGUGGACCUCACAGGUGUACUCUUCAUGUUCGCCUUUAUAUUAAUUUCUCUUCCAGCCAACCAACUUAUAGAAAAAUACAAUUUGAGAAACACUGCCUUAUUAUCUAGCGGCUUAACAACUUUAGGAAACCUUAUUAAAUUACUGUCAGUUUCUCCGGACCGAUUUUAUGUCGUUUUAAUUGGUCAAGCCCUCUGUGCCAUUGCCCAAGUUUUUAUGACGUGUAUUCCAUCAAAAUUAGCAUCGACAUGGUUUGGCCCAGAUGAAGUGUCCACAGCUUGUGCUAUUGCAAUUUUUGGAACUAAUAUUGGAGUGGCGAUCGGUUGUUUCAUGUCGUCAAGUUUGGUCAGAAAUAGCGACAAUCUAGAUGAAAUCGGCGAUGAUUUUAUGACACUACACAUUAUCAACAGCUCUAUAACUGUUGCCAGUUUUAUUGCAGUUUUGUUAUUUUUCAGGGCUAGACCUCCACUGCCACCAAGUCAAUCUCAGGUCGCUAUUAUUCAUGCUGAAAAACCUUCUACUUUGUCUAUUAUCAAAAAAAUGAUUAAGAAUAGAGAUUAUAUUUUGCUAGUAAUAGUGAUUGGAAGCUCCUCUGGACUGAAUUUAUCGGUUGGAAUUUUGUUUAACGGACUUUAUCUCAACUAUUUUCCGGGCUUCGAAGUCGAAGUUGGGAUAAUUGCAGCUAUUACUGUCAUUACUGGUGGAUGCAUCGGUAGUGUAAUUUUUGGAUAUGUUUUAGACAAGUGGCACCACUUUAAACUCACCACUUUUUUCAUUGUGUUUUUCUCAGCAGUCACAUUUAGUUUUGAGAUUGUUUCAAUGGAAGAAAAGGCCCAAUUGGCCACUUAUUUCACCGUACCGUUAUUUGGGUUUUUCAUUGGGAGUUCAUUACUCGUAGGUUAUGAGUUUGCAACCGAACUCAUGUAUCCCAUUCCUGAAGCCGCAUCUUGUGCCGUCUUAAACAUCUUUAUUUAUAUUUUUUCACUGGCGUUCACUUUAAUUGUUGGCGCUUUAUACGACUCGAUUGGAUAUACCACAACAAAUAUUAUUAUAGUGGUUGUAUUAGCGUUAAGUUCACUUAUUGUUUAUUUUAUUAGACCAAAUUUACGACGAAGAGAAGCUAACAUGAAUAAAUAAGUCAUGUUUAAGUG